AUGAAAGUUCUACCAGGUCUUCCAGGGACCCUGUCUCUUCUACAUUCGGUAACUUCACUACCCAAUUUUAACCAAGCUUCUUCAGCCAUAUUAUCAAAAGGUUCUCCGACCAGCACACUCAUUUCAUUCAGCACAUUUCCUAUCUUUUGUACGGCAACAAUCACCUCGACAAGUGGUCAGCCUAUCAUAGCUGCAAAAGGAGCUUGUCCUACCACUGUCACUAUCAUUCACACACCCGCACCAGUUGCAUAUAAUAAAGAAGCUGUCGUUAAGCUAUCUACCGCUGAAAACGUCACCAGUUCCACCUUGGCCGAAGCAUCGACUUUGAAAACCUCGGCACAUACUACUGCAGUCACUACAGAGUUCGAGUCGAGCUCUGCCAGUUCUCACUUGGUUCCCAUAUCACCUGAGACUUCAAAAAAUUUGGUUGAAGUUUCGAGCAAAGCCUCAAGCUCUAUCGCUGUUUCCAUUUAUAUUACCUCGAAGUCAAGUGAGUCAACAAGUUCGGUGACUUCGAAACCACUAAGUAAUUGCACUCCACCCACGAGCGUCUUUGCGACAUCCAUUGCUUCACAUACCAGUACAUCAAGUGAUUUUUCAUCAAAGACAUCUGAACUAUCUUCGAAAUUUCUUUCUUCGACGACUUUACCUAGCGGCACCACCACAACACAAGCUUUUACAUUCACGGCAUCACUGGCGGUAUCAACAACACUUCUUGCUUCCUCAAAGAGUAUCGAGGUAUCUGUCUCAUUAGGACAUACUGAUAUCUCAAGAUCUGAGUCUUCAGUUAGUUCGAAUUCAUCCAAGAUUGCCGGUUUUGCCCCGACAACUCUUAGGACCACCUCGAGGAACGAAUCGAAUACGUUGAAGAAUUCCAACCCUGCUUCAUCAACGGCGGCACUCUCCUCAUCUUCUUCAGGAGUAAAAAUAUCUGAACCGAUUGCCCCAGUUGCUCUUGCCUCAAUUCCAAAGUCCAGCUUCAAGUUUCAUUUGAUAUCUUCAAACCAGUCAUCAUCUACUAUCUUAACAUCAAAAACAUCUGAAUCUUCUAUUCAAUCAACACACGAGUCUAAAUCUGAGUUUAGCUCAAGUGCAAGAGCAUCUGAGACUUCCAUUCAAUCGACACGUGAUUCCAAAUCGCAGACCAGUCCGGAAUCCUCGAAAAUAUCAUCAAUAAUCUUAACUUCUAAGCCAUCUGAGUCUGCGCAGACUACUCGUGAAAUUAAAUCCGAAUCCAGCUUAACAGCUUCUCCGCAAGUGUCUAUACCUGCCGUCUCGACCUCCCAGACAUCCGAGUCUUUUUCUACUCAAACAACACAAGAAAGUAAAUCAGACUCAAGCAAAUCGGCUUCAUCGGCGGUAUCGUCGGCUUUCUCGUCUUCUUCCCCUCAAACAAUACGAGAAAGUAUAUCAGACUCGAGCAGAUCAGCUUCGACGGCGCUAGGUCUCUCGACAUCUAGACCGUCCGAGCCAUCAAGUCAAACUCAACCGAGUCAAAGUCAAUCAAGUCACGAGUCAAAACCAAGUCAAAGUCAAUCGAGUCAAACUGAAUCAAGUCACGAGUCAAAAUCUAGUCUUUCCACUAGUGGAUUUCAACCAACUUCAGUAACUUCAAAGAGCCAAAGUCAAACUCAAUCAGGUCACGAAUCGAAAUCCAGUCUUUCUACUGAUAUUUUUCAACUAACUUCAGUGACUUCAAAGAGUCAAAGUCAGACUACCCAAGAGUCAAUUUCGGGAAAACAAUCAAGCACUUUCAAUAGAAUCCCCGAAGCAUCCAUUACUUCCCCAGAACACACAUCAACUGCAAUCAAGUCAUCAGAGACUAUAUCUCAAAGCUCCAGCACACAAGGACAAAGCACAUCAGAGUCAGAAGUCACGAGCAAAACCUCUAAGGCUCCUGUUCCAGGCAAAUCCUCGGACAUUUCCUCUCAGAGCACAAAUUUUGCAAGCAGUACUCAGAAAUCAUCUAUUCGUACCGAAUUACCUGAAACCGCUUCCUCAAGUGUGAAACCUUCAGUCAGUGAGAUCCCAAAGCAAAGUAGCUCGAUUGAAGGAGUAUCUACUUUGGUUAAGACUUCCGAACUUCAUUCAUCCAGCCCUUCUUCCUCCAGUCAGCCAGAAAAGACGGAGACUACAAAAGAAGCUGAAGGAGCCUCUCGUACAUCCUCCUCUUUACUUAGUAAGACUACAGGUGAAGUAUUUUCUACCACAGGCGAGAAAUCCAAGACUUCGAUCUCCUCACCUCUUACGUUGUCAUCUGAGGAAGAAUCAACUACCUCACAUGCAACAAAGCUUCCAACUUCUGAACUUAUCUCUAAAACAGGGUCAUUAAAAGAGGUACCAGAACCUACUGCGUUAUCUACGAGUAAGGUUCAGACCUCUACUGAAAGCUCUAAAUCAGAGUUAUCACAGUCACUCUCUUCAAAGGCAUCUGCAUCGGGUCUUGGUGAAUCAAACACGAAAGGUGUUCCCACCCAAACCUCCGUUCCAAAGCCAUCAUCGACAGAUAUGAAUAUUAGUGUUAUUGUGGGUUGUACGGCAACGCUCUCGAUUGUCGGCCAAAUUUUACCAGCAUGCCCACAUACUAUCACCCUCGAUUCAUUUUUUUCGAUCUCAAAAACACCGGUUUCGGUCUCACCUACAAGUAUCAUAAUUUCGACAAGUAGUCCUGCUACUUCAAAAGCAGUUGAUACUACCAGCUCAAAAUCACCAGAUACGCUUACAUCUGUCUCUGCGACUAGCCAUCUAACAAAUACAGUAUCUGUACCUAGGAGUAAACCGACUGAUACCGCAACCAACGUCCCAACUCCAGGAUCUACAGUUCCAGUGUCUAUGGCAUUACCUCCUACUUCUCAUCCAGCAACUAGUGCUCCAGUAGUUUCAGCUACAAGCAAGUCACCUGACUCGCCUACUUCGAGAGCAACAACCAAAUUACCUGUCAUCCCAACCUCGAUUCCAGAAAACAGUGCUCCAAGUAUUUCAGUAUCAAACAAGUCACCUGACUCAUCUAUUUCGAAUCCUAUCACAAGCAAAGCAUCUGAUCCUCCUACUUCAAAUACAGCAACUACCAAAUUGCCCACAAUUUCCACCUCGGUCCUAGCAACCGGUGCUCCGAUUGCUUCAGUAACGAGCAAAUCACCUGACUCGCCUACUUCUGAUCCAGUUAUAAGCAAAUCACCUGAUACCUCUACUUCCGUCCCACUUACCACAAAGUCGCCAGACUCACCUGCCAUUCCUGUGACUAGUCUUGUAACUUCUAAGGCUAGUAACGCUGGAGGAGAUACUUCUAAAACAGCCCCAACAACAGCAUCUACUAGUCAAGUCCGUACUGAAACCGCAAAAGCAACGUCAACUCCACAAACGACUUCAAAUCCUGUGUCUAAUCCAGAGACCAAAUCUGUCGAUACUACAACAAAUAACAUAUCCCUUCCAGGAUCUACGGUUUCCCCAUUAGUGUCACUGCCUGUGAGCAAUACGGCUGGCACAGCAACUAAUAUUGCCCCUCCCACAUCAACUACAAAACUGGUUUCUUCAACUGGGAGCAAAUUGAUCGAUACCGCACCCAAUGGCUCACCUCAAGGAUCUACAGUUUCAGCAUCAGUGUCACCACCUGUGAGCAGUACAGCUGGCACAGUAACUAAUGAUUCCCCUCCACCAUCAACUACAAAUCCUGAAUCUUUAACUGGGAGUAAACCGACCGUUACCGCAUCCAAUGGCUCAAUCCCAGGAUCUACAGUUCUUGUAUCAACGGGAAAUCCUGUGUCCACAAACCCUGUAUCAGUUCCUGAAACAAAGCCAGCAGAUACAGCACCUGUUAGCAAUCCAACCAAGACAGCAACCGGAAAUUCUCUAUCUUCGCCUUCAUCUACUGGAACCUCUGGGACCACUACAUCAGCUCUAGGCAUUCCAGUCGGUCUACCCACAAGUGAUAAAAGUACUGUCCUCCCAGAUUCUACAGGAACAGGUGAUAUCAUUGGCACCCAACCCAUAGCCAGCAAUUCCGGCCUCCAAACAAAUGCCACAGGGAAAGUACCCCUAACAACUGACACCGGUGCCGCAAUCCCAAGUCUCCAAAUAUCUCCCACCGGCGCAAAAACCAAUCCUGAGAUCACCACCGCAAUAUCCAGCCCAACAAUCACACCCACAACCAUCAAAUCCGCACCAGGCCAAACAACCCUCGCUCCCGUGGUCGUCAAUUCCCUAACCCUCAGCCAAAAAACCUCCAACUUUGUAAUCGGUACCCAAACCAUCAAACCCGGAUCCGAAGCCACCAUCAGCGGCGAACGAAUCUCCAUCGCUCCAUCCGGCUCUGCCAUCGUCAUCAACGGUGCAACAACUAGUACCAUCCCUGCACCCUCUUCCCCAUCCAGUGGAGCCAAAGCCGUUUUAUCCACCACCACUGAACCGCUCCCUGGUGUUUUGGUGCUUGAAACUUCGAGUAUCACGGCCGAUUUCAGUAACUCUGCAUUUGUGAUUGAAAGCGCCACCUUAACACAAGGCGGCGCCAUAACCAAAGACUCCACCGUCAUCAACUACCCAUCGCGCACCACGACCACUCUCCCCUCCAGCGUCAUCGUCAUCGGUUCCUCAACCUACACCAAGAAUUCCGCAUCAGGCGUUAUAAUCGGUAGUCAAACGCUCAAACCCGGAUCGAUUAUUACGUUAGAUGGCUCGACGCUAUCUCUCUCUCCGACCGGCAAUGCUGUGGUGGUCAAUGCUAAUAGUGGGUUUGUAACUAGUACGGCUAGUCUGGUGAGUGUAGUGCCGUUGAGAAGUUUGGUGAUAGGGGGGCAGACACUUACGGCGGGUGGAACGGUGACGGAGGGAGGCGAUAUUUUGAGUUUGGCGGCGGGGGGGACGGGGAUUGUGGUGGUGGGCACUAUGACGGUGGGUGGUGGGGGGGCGACGGAGGCUGCGAAGAAGAAGAGUGCGGGUGUUAAAGGGAUAAGGAUGGGGUUUGGUGGGUGGGGGUUGUUGUAUUUACAGAUUUCUUGCAUGUUUUUGGCGUUAUGGUUGUGA